AUGGCCUUACCAAGGGAGUCGAGCUUUAUGCCGGCCAUCAAAUGCUCGUCAUGCGGCCUCGAUGUGGAAAUUUCCAUGAUGGGUGAGCACGUCUGCGGCGGCCCAGGAGCAGAGCCAUCGGCGCCGCCUGAUCGUCCAGAGAGCCUGGGCUCAUAUGAUCAGCCGCCGCCGUUGGACAACAAGUACGGACGCAUGGCACCUCCAACAUUAGAUACUAGUGCCGCCAGUAUGCCGAUAAACCCAUCUGGACUCCUCGCGCGUCGUUGGCUAACUGAAGUAGAUCUCCCGUACUCGCGGCAAGGGCAAUUAACACCAAUAAGCACAUCGACUGGUUCAAUCAGCAUCUCACCCAAGACACCGAACAGCCAGGCUAUGGGCCGCAACGACGACUAUUUCCAACCGCAAAUCGCAAACGACUACAACUCAAGCCAGCAAUCUCGACGACCUGGAGGAUACGGGGCAUUCGACGAUGGGGAUGACUACGGUUCUGAACAGAUGUACCCAGGCGAACAAAAGAAGCAAGCGCCAAGUCUUCUCCAGCGUAUGAACACAAUCGCACCGGGGCCUUUCGAGAUGGGCAGGAGAGCGGGAGGAAGAGGAGCAACAAAGAACGCUUUCGCCCCCUCGAGACAGGAUUCUUUGACUCCGGAUGACAACAUCACAAAUGAUCGGCCACUGACUUCAGCGUCCAACAACUCCUUCAUGUCUUCUGGAAGCAGCAACGCUGGCGGUAUUGCGCCACCGAGACUACCAAGAAAGAAUGGUUAUGGAGGAUUUGGACCGCCAGGAACAACCCCCGAAGAUAUCGAACCCGAAACCUAUGUUAGCCGCGCAGGCACUUUCCCGCGACCUAGCGAACCUAUUGAGCCGCCUCUGAGAACGCCUUCAGCGCCUCCCACCCGAUCUGACAGGCUUAGAGGACAGCCGAACGGCGGAGAGCAUGAGAGGAAGAUUUCAAUGGGCCCCGACACGUCGAGAGCGCCGCCGCCGAGAACGAGUCUUCUGCGCCCAACGACAUCUGGAAGGGAUGGUGCGCCCCAAGUGGACCUAGCGAGCGAGUUUGGUUCAUCGAACCCGUAUCACACUCCUUCCGCUUCUACGUCGUCCGGAGCGUCCAUGUUCAGCCACGGUCGCCAAGCCAGUUCCCAGAGCAGCUCACAGUCCAGCCCGGCGAACCCACGAGGACGUCGGAACCCGUCAGACGUGACCAACUUUGACAACUUGAUGAACGACAUUGAGUCUUCCAUGGAGGCUAUGAAGUCUCCUGGUAUGCCGCCACCACUCCAGAAACCGCUGGCGAACCCGUACUCGAGUCGUCGUGCACCGCCAUCUGUGGACCUUCGAGAUGAUCCAGCUGUUCAAGGAGGCAGACCCCGUGCGAGAUCGCCACUUGCGACACCGGACUACGACCGUCGCAACCCCAUGGACCGUAACCCCAUGGGUCGUUACAAUCAAAAACAUGAACGUCAAGCCAGCGAUCAGCGCAGCGUUUCAUCUCCACCCCGCAACCGGCCCUCGCGAGGCAACUGCAAGUCUUGCGGCGACGCCAUCACUGGCAAGAGCAUUUCAUCCUCAGACGGCCGUCUCACCGGACGCUACCACAAGGCUUGCUUCGUCUGCACAACAUGCCGCGAGCCCUUCUCUUCAGCGGAGUUCUACGUUCUCAACGACAAACCUUACUGUGGUAACCAUUAUCACAAGCUCAACGGCAGCUUGUGUGGCUCCUGCAGACGUGGCAUUGAGGGCCAGUACCUCGAAGACGAAGAACGCAUCAAGUACCAUGUCGGUUGCUUCCGCUGCGGCGACUGCGGGAUGUCUCUGUCAAACGGCUACUUCGAAGUUAACGGCAGAUCAUACUGCGAAAAGGACGCCUGGCGCCGCAUGCAACCGCCGCCUCGAAUGAUCAACGAGGAGCGACGAGGACGCUCCCCUGGUGGCCUCGGUGUUCCCGGACAAGGUGGCCGUCGACCCAGUAACGGACAGUCCGGCAUGAGACCACCAGUUGGUCUUCCUCGCGGGCAGAGAAUGGGUCCCGGGGCCGGACUUGCACCGCCUAUGCCGCCUACCAUGAACAAGCGCAUGACGAGACUCGGAAUGAUGUAA